AUGCCCAAGAAAGAAGAAGUUAAGAGUGUUGUUUUUGAGUUGCACCCCCUUAAGGCCCCAGGACCGAACGGUAUGUCAGGAUUCUUUUACAUGAAGUAUUGGGAUAUUACAAGCGACAACUUUACUGAUUGUGUUCAAGACAUCUUUAGGACAGGAUAUUUUGAUCCAAAGGUGAACCACUCUUUCAUUUGCCUCAUCCACAAGAAAGAAAAUGUGGAUACAGUGGACAAUUUUAGACUGAUUAGUCUUUGCAAUUUCAUAUACAAAGUUAUUUCUAGGCUAGUGUCAAAUAGGAUGCGAGGGAUAAUUGGGAAGUUGAUUUCCCUUUUUCAAGCUGCUUUCAUUCUGGGAAGAUGGAUUGUUGAAGCAUCUAUUUUAACUCAAGAGAUUGUCCACACCAUAAAGAAGAAAGGAAAAGGAGGGCUUACGGUGAUUAAUGUGGAUAUGCAUAAAGCCUAUGAUAGAAUGGAAUGGCAUUUCUUAUUGCAAGUGUUGAAAGAAAAUGGUUCUCGGCUCAUUUUUGCAAACUCAUUAUGUGGUGUGUAUCUUCAGUCUCCUUUUCGAUCCUUCUUAAUGGUUCCCCUCUGA